AUGGUCCGCAUGGUCCGCCAAAAGGCAGACAAGGACUUUGUUACUGGCUCCAGUUACCCCAUCCAAGCCCCAUCCUCCACCCUGACGCGGAAUGGGUUAAGAACAGGCGACUGGACAUGGGUGGCACAUAACACGAGCCACUUCAUCCCGAAAAGCUUCUCAGCCUAUCGGAAACCCUCGGGCACCAGUCUCUGUCAGGGACAGACCUAG